UCAUACACAAAAAAACAGGGAAGAAACAUCCAGCAGUGCCACGAUUAAAGUGUUUGUGUAGGUCAACAGUAAAACACCGUGUAGAGGAGUUUCUCCCCUGGUAUUAUUUUUCUAUAAAGAGAAAAGUGUGAAAUUCAGUGAUCGUACUCUUGAGAAUUUGACAAGUGGACUAGUCUGUCAAUUGAACUAGCAAUUAUAAAUACAGAACGGAAACCUAUACAGAUGAGUUGUAAAAGUCCAGCCUUCGUUUCAAAUGUGGCAGUAUACUAGCGAAAGUGUACCUGUAAUUUGUGGACAGGAUUGUUUCUCUUCAUAUUUUAAAGUGAAUGACAUAAUUAGACAAUAUGAGUAACUCAGAAGACGUUCAUUUGCCACGAGAGAAUGAGACAUCUAAAGAUGGUAAAAGGGAAAAAGAGCUUCUUGCAAUUCGUCUUCAACGAGCAAUUCGAGAUAAAAAAGUUUCGGAAGCAAAUUACCUUCUCUCGGAGAAACCCGAUAUACACUACAGAGACAAGGUGGGAUCUCAAUGUUUACACUAUGCAGCGCAGGAGGGGCUCCUGGACAUUGUGAAAUUGUUGUUAGAUGAGGGCGCUCGUGUAAAUUGCUUUGAUCACAAUGGACGAUCGCCUCUACAUAACGCGGCCUCAAGAGGUCAUCUGGAUGUGGUCAUCCACCUGGUGGCGAACGGUGCUCAAGUGACAUCCUUAGACUGGGAUAAUCACACUCCGUUUGAAAAAGCAGUGAUAUCACGCUGUGUUGACGUUGUGGAAGUUUUACUAACGUUUGGCGCAGAACCAAAUCUACAGGACUGGACUUGGGUGAUGGAUAUGGGAGAAAAAGAAAAGAAGGUCUUAGAAGUUAUAACUAAUCACAAUCCUUUAGUACCUGGAUAUAGAUAUGAGGGGAUAAAAUUCGCUGUGGUUCAGGUGAAACCCAACGAAGACUGUCCAUUGACGAUGCUAAACUUGACAGUGAAAGCCAUUGAUGUCCGAAAUCCGUUCAUUCUUUUUUGUCGUAAAAUGCAAUCGGAGUUCACUGAGCUAAAAUCACUUCUUAGAGAGGAGGAGAUACCUUACAGUGAUAUGUUUGAAAUUCGAACUUGGGGAGUAACUAGGAAAACCCUCACACUGUCGUUGAUAGUCGAAGGAGUACCUAAAUGUAACGAACAUUUGAAGAUUGUAUCACCUCUUGGACACAUCGGGAGAGUUGACAACUUUGUGAAGAACGACGAUGAAAUUACAACAGAAGUCUUGAUAACCAUAAAAAGGAAUAUCAAAGGUCCAACACAAUUUGCCAUUGCAAGUGUCUUUAAAAAGGAAACGUUUGCAAUACCUAAAGAGGAAGUGAAGAUCCAACCGAUGUCAGAACCGGAUGCUGAAAUAAGCAUUUCUAAGGAAACGUUCGAAACAACGGGAGAGCUGGAAUUGAAUGUAAUGGAAACCAAAGAUGUAAACGAGGAUGAGGAUGACGAAUCCGAACCUCUUUUGAUGACAAAUGUGUUUGACAUGUCGAUGAGCGAUGGACAACAGCCGAAAAAAGAUAUCGUGAUGAAGCUACCAAUUCACUAUAAUUGGAUUGAUGGGGAGGCAGAGAUGUGUGUGCUGGCUACUUCGGAGGAAGAUCCAGAGGACCCCGAUGACUGGGAGAUUAUCCAUGCGUUAAAAGAUUUCAAAGGAAGAGCUGCCGUAUUCAAGAUCAGUCACUUCUCCAUUUAUGCUGGAGCCAACAAGAAAAAAGUAGAGAAUGACAAAGUGGCGGUGAUCAAUGCCAUAACGAGGUCUAUGAAGAAAGAAAGAAAGGUGAAAUUCCAAGUGUUUACAAGACUUGCGCAAGAACGCGGCAAAUUUCAACUUAUCUUGGAGUGUUGGACCCCUAGGAAAUUACGAAAGAGCAAACCGAAGUGGGAAAAUGAAGGCUGUGAUAGAGUAGAUGGUCCUAAGGGGACUUUUAUCGUUGAUGAAAACCAAACAUUUAAGUUUUCAUUUAAAGGGAAUUGCAGGAAGAUAUCUAGUGAGACGAACAUCAUUGAUGAUGAAGCAAAGGUGGACGCGAGGACUGAUGACAACGACAUUGACAGGGAUGACGACGGCAAUGGUUCAGUUGUAAUGGACUUUGUUGGACACACGUUCACCGUUGUUGACAUGGUUGUCUUGAAUACUGACAAACCCCAGGGAAAAGUCAUAAUUGAGAAGAUGAACCAUACCUCAGUCCAGAUAGAACAAAAGGUCGCCAACACAGGUUGUCUCGGUAUAGGGAAAGGAAAGACAAUCGUCGUAGAUAAAGUGAAAAUUGAGCUCGAGGAACUAACUGAGUUUCUCUUCGGCGUCAAAAUUCCUCCACCACCAAAACCAUUAAGUGAACCCACUGUUAUUCAACUGCAAAGUCUUCAGGAUGAGAAGGAAUUGGAGGAAUUCAUCGAGAAAACAGAAUCAGAAAAUCCAAGUUUAGUACCAGGAAUGGAAAUGAAAUCUCUCACAGACAUUGCACGUCAGCUGAAUGAUGAAGAAGCAAGAAUUUUUGGGAAGAACUUAGGUCUUCUGAACGGAGAUAUCGAAAAGUACUUGGGUAUGACAUAUGGUGCUAUGUGGAUGCUUAGAAAGUACCGCGGCAAUAACCCACAUUACGCCCAGAAAUACAACAUUAAGAUAGCGCUAGAGGCCAUUGAUCGUCACGAUCUUGUGCAUUUGAUUAUUCCUCAAGUGGAUGGACCGAUGCUAUCCAAGGCUGUGGAAACGAAUGAGAAAUUUGAUAUUCCAGACGAUGCAAAGUAUUACGACGCCACUGAACAUGAAAUACAAUUUUCCGAAACACCGCUCAUGGACACAAAUGACGUAAAUUCCAACGUCGAGGAGGUGAUAGCCAACGAUCAAGAAUAGACAACAAUUCAUAGAAUACCUAAACAAAGUUGAUAUCUGAAAUCGAUUAAAAUAUACCAGGUGCGAUUAGUUUCAGAAAUUUCAGACCGGGGUAAAAAUGCACAUUUCAGUAUUUUCUCCUAUAUGUUUAAGUGUGGAUAUUGAUGGUUUUUCAAGGUAGACAAAUAAAUUGAAGCAAAUGCUCAUGACUAUAUGGAUGAUGCUGAAACGCGGAACGAAAUGCGAAACAGAAAUUUAAGAAUUAGAAUAAUGAGUGUAACUAAGAUAAAACUAAAAAUCUGACAAAUAUGCUUAUUUAAAUUUUAGGAAAUUCUUCACAAACGAUAACAUAAUUUUAUCUUGAAAUUCUGCAUUAUAAGUUGAUUAGGCUAACGAAAGUUGGAUGUUUGUAUAAAAAAAAUUCAAAUCAUUUUACAAGAUUUCUUAAAUUUCAGCAUUGACAGGGAGGGUAGAGAAUGAAUAAGACACACAGGAUUUAUACAUCCUCCCCUUUUAGUCGCAAAACGUCUUUAAUGCACAUGUAUUUGCAUAUCAUGCAGUGUAUGCUUGCAUUGUUCAUUGAUUUUAUGAUACAUGGAGUCUUGAAUGUAUAAAACAACAUUAAUUCGUGGUCUUAUCAAGUCAACAAGU